AUGUUGAAAGAAGUUGCUGAGAAUGUUGGGGGAAUGGAUACCCAUGGGAGGGCUAGGAAAGCUAGUCGUUCGAGGGACAUACUGUCAGCUUUGGAGGAUCAAGUUGUCACUCUCAAGGAAUCUGUGGGAGAUAUCAAGGAGAGGAUUGAGGAUGUCGAUGAUAAGCUCAAUGAUGGGUUGCAGUUUAUGCAGGAGCAACUCAAAGUGUAUGUGUUGGAUAAUGUUGAAAAGCUGGCUGGUAGGGAUGAUGCCAUUGAGGCUAUGAUGACGGCGUUGAAAGAGGAGAUUGCGGAGCUCAAGGGUGAACUCACAAUCUACAAGGCUGCUUUGGGAAAUGGAGGGUUAGCUGUUGUCACACCCAAGCCCAGUGUGGAUGUUCCAAAGCCCAAUGAGUUCAAAGGAACAAGGUCCACAAGAGAUGUGGACAACUUUCUGUUGAGAAUCGAGCAAUACAUCCGUGCCGAAGGCAUCACGGAUGAUGCCACUAAGAAAGACAAGCCUAAGUCUUCUAAGCCCAAAUUCAAUCCAAACGACAAUAAUGGGGAAGACAAAGAAAGGCCCACUAGGAACGGCAACGGUGGGAAGCCUUGGGACGAAAGGAAGAGUGAGCCUAUAAGGUGCUUCCAUUGUGAUGAACCACAUAUGAUCAAGGACUGUCCAAAGAAGGUUGCACUCUCUGCUAUGAAAGCAAAACUGGAGUCAGAUGUGGAGGAUAACAAUCUUGGUGCGUCUAAUUUGUUCAUGUUCGAAGAGGCUACUCAUAAACUUGACCUUAAGAUCAAGAAUGAGUCGGGUCGGAUCAAAACAGUGAACUCAAAAAGUGUUCCAAUCAAGAGGUUACAAAGAGAGUGGAUCUCCAACUUGGCAAUUGGACCGGUAAAGCAUCCAUUAAGGCCAUAUAAAUCUCCAUAUGGUGCACCAGUGUUGUUUCAAAAGAAACAUGAUGGGUCGUUGAAAAUGUGCAUCGAUUAUCAGGCUCUAAACAAGAUCACUGUGAAGAACAGGUACCCUAUUCCUCUUAUUGCGGAUCUGUUUGAUCAACUUGGUAGUGCGAGAUAA